AUGGAAUUUACCUUCCUCAACGAUCUUAAACCUUGGAAUUCAUCGUCAGUGAUUCGAGUACGGUGUGUGCGUGUUUAUGAAUUCCUUAAACCUGGAGACAAAUCAAAUGGCACUAGAAUUCAAGGCACACUGCCCCAUUAUUUACAAAAUAAGUUUCAAGACCAUAUUAAGGAAGUUGACGACUCCAAAUUUCCAAGAUUUAUGUAUUCGUUUAAGACGUUUGAUCUCAUCAAGCAGAUCACAAAAAUGGACGAAGAGCCUCUCAUUGACAUAAUUGGUGUGGUUAUCGACCAAGGCAAGGUCAUUAGGCAACCUAAUUCUCGCCUCAUCGAGAGUGUGAUUGCUGAUUCGCAACAUACCACCAUUUGUUGUACACUCUGGGGUGAUAUUGUUGACUCAUAUCUCAAGCAAAUUGGAAAAUGUCGUAGGACAAGUGAAAUUCGUGUUAGUACGUAUUUUAAUGCAUCUAGAGUUUGCAUCAACUAUGAUAUAGACGAAGUUACCAAAUUCAAAGAGAGGAUUUCCGGUGACGAUUUUUUCCCAUGCCAUGAAACAACUGUACCUUUCCCUUCGGUUGAGGUCUCUAAUGAAUUCGAUGGUUUGGAGGUGAAAUCUAUUGAGGAUGUUCACAAGCUUGAGGAAGGGUCGCAUUGGAUUUUUGGCAAGAUAGAAACUGUAGAAUGCCACUACGGAGCGUGGUUCUACAUGGCGUGUAAAACAUGCGUAAAAAAGGUGACUAAGGUGGAGAAUAUGUUCAACUGUGGAUUUUGUGAUAGUACUGAACGAAUUGCCUUGCCGAGGUUCAGGUUUGUUGUGAAUGUUGUUGACAAUAGUGGUAAUGCUUCUCUGCUAUUGUGGGAUAGAGAGAGUGUGCUACUGUUAGGAAAAAGAGUUGGCGACAUCGACGUUGGACCUGAUGAGGCCAGCGAUGCUGAUUGUCUUCCUACUGAAAUUGAGGACAAGCUCUUGGGUCAGAGUGUGCUUUUCAGAGUCCAACUGAGGAAUGAUUUUGCGUAUUCGAAUAAUCAUCCAUAUACAGUAAAUAAAGUUUGCAAUCUGCCGCAUAUCGUUGAGAAAUAUAUUCCUACACAAUUGGGAUUGAAGUCCACUGCUACUUUGAUUGGAUCCGAUGUUGGGGAGACCAAUGGACCGGAAAUUGUUCUUUCAAGCUCAUCAUCUCUUCCCAAGGAAACUAUCACUACACAUCCCACUGAAAGGUCAACAAAGAGAUGUUUGGACCUCGAGUUUUUAGGAGAGACGACUGAAAGUGGAGAGGAGAAUAAGAUUAAAAAAGUGGCCAUUAAGCAAGAAAAGGAAUAA